ACUGGGGGUGAGAAGUUGCGCUGAUGUUCUCUUUCUGCUUUUUAAUACUGUGUUUUUAACAAUUGUUCCUAAGAAAUUGUAAAAACCUGACAGGUAUCAUAAACAGGUGGCGCACUGCCCUCUAGUGGCGUCUGCAGCUAAUUGUCACUUUUUGAGUCCUUAUGUUGACGAUGAUGAUGAUCCCCGUAGCAGCGCGCGCUCUGCCAGUACGCACGCGAACCUGCUGCUGACCGUUGGGAGUCCUCCUGUCAUCGAUGUACACAAGUUACUGAUAUUUUCCGGAAUACCGUCACCGGUCGACCGCACGGAGCUCGCAGCCGAGCAGCCGGUGGGGGAGAAAAAUUUGUGAACCGACGUCAAGCUUACAGUCUAGCUGGAACACGUACGCCAACUGCCACACAUGGACACCCGAAGCUCGACGGCUCCGGUGGUGGUGGGGGAUUUUCUAGCCUUUAACGCGAGCCGGUAAAAUGUUCGCAGCAAAGGAAGCACCGAGUUUUUCUUAAAAUGUAUUUUUUCCAGUUGGUUUAAAUAAUUUUUUGAUAGAAAGUGUGAUGUAAAUUUGUCUUAGGUAAUCCGGACGUUUCUAAAUAGGUAAUACAAAUCCAGUACUCAGUCAAUAUAUUUAAGAUACCCUUUUUAAAUUAGAUGAAAUCAACGCUGGAUGGAUGGGGUUCGACGUUAUAUUUAGAUUUACUUGAAGAUCUUCAGAUUUGACCUGAAUCACAGAUUAAACAGCUUUCAGAUCAAAAGUGGUGACUGGUUGAUCACAGAAAGAAAGAGAGACGGGGACUGACAGAGGAGCAAGGGUUUGGAGGAGAAGGAGGCGAAGGAGGAGGUCUCGAAGGGUUGGAAAAGACCAUUCUCCAUGGCUACAGACCCAGGAGAACCCACAGGGACUGAGGACUCCUCUGAGAAAGCUGAUGGACAGAAGGAAGAUGACAAGGAGCGGGAGGUCAGGACAGACCAACAGAGGGAGAGUACACCUAACACCUCUUUGGGCCUCCCCUCCUCCCAGGCUCAAAUGGACACAGAGAAAGAAGGAGAUGAUAGAAAUGGAGGAAAUGACAAAGAUGCCUUCCAGAAGUUUGGAGAGACCCCAGUCCUAGUCUCUAUGCCUUUAAUACCCGUUGAUACUGGUCAAAAACGGCUGAAACGGGAAAAGCGCUUCUUCAGAAAGAGUGUGGAGAUCUGUGAGGCAGAUGAUGAGGUAGUGAUGCAUCUUGACGCUCCCCACAGUGCCCCCCACCUGGAGCUGCACUCCACAGAUUCAGUCUUUGACAGUCUCCAGCAACAAGAGGCUACUUCUUCCUGCGUAGCCUUGGGUCACGACCCCUCUCAGGUCCAUGAGCCUGGAAAAGAUGUUCCUUCUUCUGCACCUACCCCGAGUGUGAGAGAGAGGGACCGUGAGCAGGAGGAGGAGGCAGAGAUGAAGGCAGUAGCCACUUCUCCUGGUGGAAGGUUUCUUAAGUUUGACAUUGAACUGGGCAGAGGAGCCUUUAAGACUGUGUACAAAGGCCUAGACACAGAGACCUGGGUAGAGGUGGCUUGGUGUGAACUUCAGGACCGUAAGCUGACCAAGGCAGAGCAGCAGCGCUUCAAGGAAGAGGCAGAGAUGCUGAAAGGACUUCAACACCCCAACAUAGUUCGCUUUUAUGAUUCCUGGGAGUCUGUGCUGCGUGGAAAGAAGUGCAUUGUACUGGUCACUGAGCUCAUGACAUCUGGAACACUUAAAACCUACCUUAAACGCUUCAAGGUGAUGAAACCCAAAGUCCUCAGAAGUUGGUGCAGACAAAUUCUGAAGGGCCUUCACUUCCUCCACACCAGGACUCCACCGAUUGUCCACCGGGACCUCAAGUGUGACAACAUUUUCAUAACAGGUCCCACAGGCUCAGUUAAGAUAGGUGACCUGGGACUUGCAACUCUUAUGAGGACUUCGUUUGCAAAAAGUGUCAUAGGAACCCCAGAGUUCAUGGCUCCAGAGAUGUAUGAGGAGCACUAUGAUGAAUCUGUGGAUGUUUAUGCCUUUGGGAUGUGUAUGCUGGAGAUGGCUACUUCAGAAUACCCCUACUCUGAAUGCCAAAAUGCUGCUCAGAUCUAUCGCAAAGUCACAAGUGGUAUAAAACCAGCCAGCUUUGAUAAAGUAAAUGACCCAGAAAUCAAGGAGAUCAUUGAAGGCUGCAUUCGUCAGAACAAAAGCCAGAGACUGUCUAUCAGAGACCUCUUGAAUCACGCAUUCUUUGCAGAAGACACAGGAGUCAGAGUGGAGCUGGCAGAAGAGGACAAAGGCACCCAGGAUUGCCUGGCUCUCCGAAUUUGGGUUGAAGACCCAAAGAAGCUGAAGGGAAAACACAAGGACAAUGAAGCCAUCGAGUUCACCUAUGACCUGGAGAAUGACAUUGCUGAGGAAGUAGCUUUAGAAAUGGUGAAGUCAGGCUUCUUCCAUGAAAGUGAUGCAAAGGUGGUGGGAAAAUCCAUCCGGGACCGAGUGAAUCUGAUCAAAAAGUCAAGAGAGCGCCGACAGCAGCAGCUUAUUAAUCAAGGCUUUGAUGACAGAAGAGACUCUACCGUCACCUCUUAUGUCUUUUCUGAUCCUUCAUGCCCUUCCUCACUAAUGCUUGGGGCAGCUGGACAAACAGGAGGGAGCGAAAGUGGAGCUGGAGGAGUGAUUCAGGAUUCUGAGGAGCUGCUUGAAGUUGACCAGCAUGUCAGGCAGCAGCAUAUCCUUGGUGUGACAACCCUUAGCUUGACAGAAAUUGAAAGUGUUGGAUCUGCCAGCUGUGAAUCCUCUGCGAGUGGACAGAGCCAGGCACUCUCUCAGCAGGGGGAAACUUACCCCCACUCCCAGAUAACUCCCCAACCUCUGUUAUCAAUCAUUGGUGCAUUGGCUGACACUCAAAUACUCUGCACUGGCGAGACUAGAAGUGCUCCAAAUCUGCCUCUAGUUCAGAGUGGUAGUAUGUCCAAGAUGUGCAUCCCCAGGACUGAAGGGGGACCUGUUGGCCAGGCAUUUCUUCAACCCAGUGCUGUUGUUCCACAGUCACAAACAUUUCCAUCUGAUGCAUUUCAAACAGUUACUGCUCAUGAACCCAUGGCUCCUACACAAUCAAACGUACCCGCCGUUCCUCCCCAAGCUCCAAUAAGUGUUUUUCCCACAUCCAUGUCAGUCACUGAUCAAGCUGGACUUGCAGGGACCGUUGUGCCCCACACUCAGCUGACUCAGCCACCUGCCUCUCCCAUGCAGCAGACUGAUAUUAUUCCCCACUCUGCUCCCCAGCAAACACAGCCUGUUGUUAUUCCACAACAGGCAGACAUGGGUCCCCAGAUCUCCACCCAUCAGCAGCAACCACAACAGCCCACGGCGGUUGAACAGCAACAGUUUAGUGCAACUCAUCUGCCACCAGACAAGCAUCAUCAUAGCCUUUCAGCUGCACCUGUCCAGAAGCAUCACCAUGAGCCUGAGCAGCAGGUCUUUGUACAGCACCCUGUCCAAAAUAUCCAGUCAACUCCUCAACAGCAAGUAAUAACCACACAAACAAGAAUGGGGCCUCAAGCUCCAUCAGUGCCACAGCCAGGGGAGCAACCUCAGGCUUAUAAACUGCAACCCGCAGGAGAUACUUGUGAGCAAACACUCAGACAAUCACAACAACUACAGCAACAGCUUCAGCAACAGCAAUCUCUUUUACAUCAACAGCAACAGCUACUGCAGCAGCAACAUCUGUUGCUCCUUGAAAGACAUCCAUUGUAUGUCCAGAAGCUUGAUCAGCAGCAACAAAUGACUCUCCUUCAACAACAGGAGCACCAGGGUCAGCUCCAGCAGCAGAAAGCACUGCAUCAGAAACAAAUCUUGGAUCAGCAGCAAGCUCCUGUGCAUCCAAUAUAUGAGCAGCAACAGCAAGGUCUUCUGCAUCAAGGACAACCUACACAAGCACAAUUGCAACAACGGCCCCAGAUUCCCUCACAACAGCAGACACAUCAAUUAGUUCAGCAAACGGGACAGCAGCAGGAAGGAAGAACCCAAACAGAAACAGAAACACAAGAUCAAAGUAGACAAAUGCAACAACAUGCUAUACAGCAGCAACAAUCUCAUCAAACACAACAGAAAAAUGAACAAGUACAACAGCAAAUCUUAUUCCAACAGAUGGAACAGCAACAAGCAUUAAUGCAACAACAGUUGCAAAAGCAGUUCAUUUUAGCGCAGUCCCAGCUACAACAGGUAACUCAGCAACAGCAACAAGUCCAACUCGAGCAAAACUUUGAGCAUCUGCAGCAGCAAGCGCUGUUGCAAAAGCAACUUGAAAAACAGCUUCAGCAAGUCCCUUUAGAUAAACCAAAUGCAGAUGUUUUACAGCAACAGGCUCAAAUGAAGCUUCAACAAGAGCAACAGCAGCAGCAACAAGCUGCCAUCAUCCAGCGUCUGCAGCAAGCUGAAAAACAAGAACCCAUGGCAAUACCUCAAAGAAGCAGCGAGCUGCAGAUUCAACCACAAACCGCAAACAUGCAGCAGAUGUGUAAUCCUCAACUUGGCACUCUUCAGUCUGUACGACAGUCAGUCAAACAAGAAACUAUGGAGCAACAGCAGCAGGUUGCGCCUGUCCAGCAGCAGCAAGCUUUUGUUGCUCAGUCACAGCACAACACCUCCAUGGAAACCCGUCUUUCAGUUGGUGUUCCUGCAAUCAUUGAGGGAUUCCAACACCAAAGUCAAGUAAUCUCUCAAGUUCAGGUCCCAGUGACCCUCCAGACUACAUCUAUUCCUGUCCAGACAGCUCCUGUUUUCUUAGUACAACAGGGACAAACUCCACCCCAGUUUUUAGUCCAGUCUGUGUCCCAAGCCCCUCAAGCUACAACUGUGGUCAGUUUAGCUACCCCAACAGCCAUGAACCAAGGGAAAACGCAAGUAUUGCAGACCCCGCACAUUUCUUUACAGGCUACUUAUCCUGGACCUUUAACACCUACAAAGGCUCAGGUAACUGCUCCGUCAUUAAUUCAGACUCAGCCUCAACACACAACUUUUCCACAGCCCCAGCCUGCACAUGGACAAGUCCCAAACAUCAAUAUUCAGAUGACGGGCCAACAAAACCAAGCCACUGCUCAACCUUCAACUGCAGUUGCUUCUCUUCCAAGUCCAGUACAACAUGAGACUUAUGUUCAACACAAUGCUCCAAUGCAAAGCCCCAUCCAGCCCAAGCUUCAACAAGAAACUGAAGGCCAAUUGCCCUGUCAGGGGCAUCCUCACCCUGACCUAAUGACCCCACAGUUUGUCUCACAACAUCCUCACCAAGCCAACCAAUCUGUGCAGCACAUCAUGACUCAUGUUUCACAAAAUCAGGUGCAUCAGCAACCAGUAGUGCAGUAUCAGCAAACGGUUCUGUCUCCAGGCUCAGCUGAGAUUCCUGUGACAACAACAGAGAGUUUCAUUCCAUCAGUUGACCCUGCUAGCCUUCUUGCUGUGCCUCUUCCAGCGCAAACUGGACAAGGUGUAGUUCCAGGACAAACAGCGCUAUAUCCACUUGCUGCAGCCCAGCAGACAUUCCUUGGAAGCUCUGUGGACUCUUCCAUGAUUCAGGCCACCUCCCAACCGGUUAUGCCUCAUCAGUCUGCUGAUCAGUUCCAACAACAACAGCAAAAUCUUCCUCAAGUACAGGAGCACCCAGGAAAUUUUACCACACAGCUCCAGUUACCAGCACAGCCCAUUCAAACUCCCACGCAGCAGCCAUCCGCACUACCACAGGCUUUAACAACAUUUGACAAAAGUCAGUUUCCUGCUCAGUUCGCCCCUACGUUACAUGUGGUGAUACAGCCCCCUGCACAGUCAGGACCCAGUAAUAUUUCUGUGCCUCAGUCACCCAAUAAGACCCUCCCUCUGUAUAGUCACUUAGUGGCAGGGGCCCCUCCAUCCCCACAGCACCAUCCCAGACAGCUAUUGCCAGCUCAUACACAUACACAAUCCUGCCAUCAGGCCCAGACACACUCUCAAACACAGACACAGGUUCAAACACAAACUCAUUCUCAUACUCAGACACAUCUCAAGACGCAAGUUUCUGAAGAAUCUCUUUUGUCUCAUGCUAUGUGCCCUGCACAACAACUACCCCUCAACCCUUCAUGUCCCUCCACCACACUACCAUCUGUACUACCCCAGCAACCUGCCCCUGCUGCAGAGCUUCCUACAUCUUCUCCAGUAGCCCAGGUAUCUCUACCAGGGCAUGCCAACUUUGUACCCGCCUCUCCUCAACCUGUCUGUGCACUACAAUUGCUUGACUCUAAUGCUCCCAAACUGCCCCAAGCCUCGCUGCAAGACUGUGACAUUUCCAUGCCGGCCAUGGCUCAGGAUGGUCCAUACCUGACAAGUGCAGAAUGUCAUUCUUCAACAGGGUCUGUUUCAGCCAAUGGAGACGAAACCGUGCACCAUUUGGCAAAUGGAAGAUCUGAGAAGUCAAAGUCUCAGAAAAAACCUUCCUCUCAGAAGUCUGAGAAAGGUUCACAUCAGUUUCAACUGAGCAUGCUCCAGGUGUCUGGGAAGGGAGACAAUUUGGUAGAAUGUCAGUUAGAGACCCACAGCAACAAGAUGGUAACAUUCAAGUUUGAUAUAGAAGGAGAUGCUCCUGAAGAUAUUGCAGAAUACAUGGUUGAGGAAGACUUUGUCAUAGAUUUAGAGAAAGAGAAAUUUGUGGAGGAGCUUAUAUCGAUCGUGAAAAAAGCCCAAGAAAUUCUUCAGACACAUACACAGACUGGAUCAACCUACCAGUUACAAGUGAGCACUCCAUUUAGUUCUGGUGUGGACUCAGUCCCCCAGUCAUCCCCAGUGGGACGCUGGCGCUUCUUUAUCAACCAGACUAUUCGUCAUAGAGACUCUCUGUCUAGCCAGGGUGCAGUCACACCACCGCCCACUGUUGAGACAAAAAUUCUUCAGUCUCCUCAGAAAGAUGAAGCCUCAGCUGUCUCAGCCCCUGGCUCCAUGGCCACUGUAGCUGAGACCACAGUCCUUGAAGCCAUCUCUGGACAAGCCUCUGCCCUGGUCAUUGCCACUUCAGCUGACCAGAUUCCCAAUUCUCUUUCCACUAUAGCAAUACCAACCGUUUCUAACCUCCCCUCUUUGCAAGCUACUCCUGCAGUUGUGUCUCCCUCAAUCACCACCAUAGUUUCCAGUAACCUAACCCCUGCAGUCACCACUGUUUGCUCCACUAUAGAUCAGAGUAUCGAAGAUACAAUGGGCAUUGCAUCAAGGCCAUCAGCAGUCGAAAAGUCUUCAGCCUCUUUUCAUUCCACUCCUCUGGCUGCAGUAAGUCAACUUCCCAUUGAGGAGCAGCAGGUGUUCUCUCAAAUGCCCCCCCCUGUCCACCUGCAACCACAGCUGCAGCCUGCAUCACAGCAGCAAGCAACACCAACACAACCACAGCUGUUAACAAUGCAAUUAGAACAACAGAACCAGAUGUUAACACCAAAACAACACCUAUCACAGUGCCAAGGCAACCAAGAGCAAUGUUUGCUGCAGCAAGAACAACUACAACAACAGGAACAACAACUGCUGCCAAGACAAAUAGCUGUUCAACAACAGCUUCCUGAGGGGUCUGUGUUGCCUCAAUCAGGCCAAAGAGAGUUGCUUCAACCUACUGCGAAGGCACUUCAGAUUCUGCAACCAUUGCCCCUACAGGAACCCCAGGCGCCACAACAGCAACCACUGCAAUAUGCCCCACAGCUGCCUCAAGAGCCUCUGUUUCAGCAGUUACCACAGCAAGUUUUGGCACCUCAGGCUGUUAUGGUGUCUCAGCAGCUGGAACCAAAGCAUCAACAGGUGACUUUGCAACAGAUGAUACAGCAACAACAAAUGAUGCAACCUCAGCUGGAACAGCAACAGCUAUUUGUGGGUGUUGCAACUCAAGGCCAAAUGUUGCCCACAUCCAUAAGUCAACAGUUUUUCCAACAGCAGGCGCAGCUAAAUGUUACCCCUGUACCACAACAUCAGAUUCCACAACCAAACCAAAUGCCUGCUGAGCCUGUGCAACCACAGACACUGCUUCAACACCCGGGGCAGCAAUACGAGAGGGCUAAAACUGUGGAUGCAUCUCAGAAGCAGCAGCAGUUUGCAAGUCAGAAGCAGUCUUCUUUGCCAAUGUCAGAGUCAGAGAUGUCUACAGGAAAAACGAGUGUCACGGAGGAUACAGGCAGCUUUACUGCCCCCUUUCACCCUUCAUCUGAUUCCUCUCUGCCCCCUCUUCAUCUCGCCUCAGCUGAAGCCCACCUACCCAGCCACUCUUUCACAAUGACACCAUCUCCUGGUCAGCCAUCCUCUGUGGCUGAGUCAGACAGCGAAGGUCCCCCAAAAAUUGAAUUUGUUGAUAACCGUAUUAAGACUUUGGAUGAAAAGCUAAGAAACUUGCUGUAUCAGGAGUACCCCAGCAGCAGCGCAACACCAGCUGGAGCUGUCUCUAUUCCAUCUUCAGUUGCCGAUGAAUCAUUUGAUCCCCAGGCACUCCAGCGCUUGUCUAUUCUCCUACCUCCCACUUCUUCAGACACCUCCCCCCAUACCCCGUCCUCAACUACCUCUUCUACCACUCCCCGUUCAUCUUCUACCUCUCCUGACCCAGAAAGGGGUGGAGGGGGAUAUGAAGCUUCAUCAGAGGUGGGAGACCUUGUUCUGUCUGGCCCAGAUGAGCAUCAACCUGCCCUCUCUCUUGCCUCAGCUUUUGCCUCAUCCACCAAGCCCACUUCUCUCUUUUCUCCCAGUCAGGAUGGUGCUGCUGGAUCCCAGCACCCAUUUGUAUCAGAAGAAUCAACUGUACCUGCUGUACACCCACACUCUGACACCAGUGCCAUCGGAGAUGCAUCAUGGCCUCUCAAUCAGCAACCCAUCUCUCUCCAGCAUGGACAGCAUCAGCACAAUGCAGGAGGUGGAUAUUUUGGCCUAAACCUGACAUGUCCUAGUAUCAGAAAUCCGGUUAGCAAGAAAUCCUGGACUCGAAAAUUCAAAAACUGGGCAUGCAAACUGCGCCACUCCGCCAGCUUGUUCAAGAAGCCCAGAGUCCUACAAGAGGGAAAUUCAAGCCAUCAGGCACUUGAAGGUGAUAAGGAGACACCAUUAAGUUCACCUCAGUUGCGCAAAGGACGAUUUCAGAUCAAUCCAGUUCCCCAGACCUCUCCCCCAAAAUAUCUGCCAUCAGCCCAUGGUAGCACUCAUAGGAAAGUGGGACGUUUCUCUGUAACACAGACUGUGACAAAGAAAGAAGAUAGACAGACUGACAGCUCACCAGUGUCUCUUGAUUUGGGACGAGAUAGGAGGAAAACUCAGGCCAAGAAAUGGGAUAAAGAAGACAGUAAGAUGAAGGGCUACCCUUCUCGAGGUUUUGGGCACAGCCACUCCCCGCUUGGCAGCAGUGAUGAUGAUGAUGGGAGUGAGCUGGAGGAUGAAGGGCUAAGAAGAGAGUUACAGAAGCUCAGAGAAAAGCACAUCAGGGAAGUUGUUUUCCUUCAGGCCCAGCAGAAUAGAGAACUUCAAGAGUUCUACAGACAGCUUCGUUCUCUCAAAGACCAAAGACAAAGUUUACCUGCCUCUCUUUGUCGAACACCUCUCCCUGCUACACCACCUGUCAUUUCUCCACGCAGGCCCAGGCUAGCCAAAGCUAAGCUGCGGUCCCGGCCUCACUCUCACAUGGACAACACUGGAGUUCCACAAUCUGGGAUUCCGUCAAGUAGUUAUUUAGGUGGUGAACAGGGUAGGCUCUGCUCUGCAGUGCCUGAUAAAAAAGAUCACAGCCCAUCAAGGAAAAGCACAUUCACAGAUGAACUGCACAAGCUUGUUGACAACUGGACAAAGGAGACACCGGGUCCUGCUCCGAUCAAGCCUUCACUUAAUCAAAUCAAGCAGAUUCAGCAGGUACAGGGAGGCUGGAGCCAGUCUGCAGAGGGGGUUCGACCAGGCUGGUUUCCAGCUGCCCAGCUGAACCCGCAGGCACCCUUAUCUUCCUCUCCGUAUGCAGGUGGAGGAACCCUGAACUCCCUGUCCUCUUCAGUUCCUCCACCUUCACAAUCAAACAUGGCUAAAGUACCACAGAUGCAUCAAAGUUUACACCUCCAUCAGCCUCCUCCCCUUCAGCAGAUGACCUAUCAGCAGUCCCCUCUGUGCCAGCAAAUGCCACAACCUCGGAUGCAAACCUCCAUACAGUCACAGACGCAACCCACCAUCCUGCUGCCCCAACCAACACCUCAAAGCCAACCGCUGCUGCCUUCCCAAAUCCCCACGUUACCAGUGUCCACAGCCCCAUCUCUGCUGCAUGGCGGUGGACCCAAUGUACCCACUGACAGCGCCGCAGUUAUAAGGGGUGUAUUUUGCUCCUGUUCCUCCACCUCUUCUACUUGUUCCUCACUUUGCUCAACUGCUGCUCUACCUUCUAGUGCCAAGAUUUACCCAACAGCCCCCACCUCUACCCUUCCUUUGGGACAAAAAUGAAACAAAGGCAAUUGAGAGAUAAAUUAGUACCAAGAGAUGGUAAUACCGUGUGAGUCCAAAUGUAAAUCAGAUUCAUUGGUAGUGUUAAUUAGGUGUUAUUUGUGUGGGGAACCUGUGAGUGAAAUGAAUAAAUAUUUCCAGCAUGGUCAGGAUAAGAAAGAAAGUAAAUGUGAAAGGAAAAAUAACAGAUUAAUAUAAAACUCAGUGGUUGGAGUUACGAAUGACUGGAUAUUGAUGUAUAAACAUCUUUAAUGUAUGGGUGUGGAUUUUUGAGUGUGGCCCCAGUGUUUGUUAAAUAUUUGAGAACAUAUCACUUGAUGUCCUUGGAAAGAGAAAGAAAACUCUUCUUUUUAUUCGCAAACCAACUCCGCUGGAUCUGGAAAGCAGAGACAACAAGGAUAAAUCAUUUUACUGUGGCAGUAUUUUGGGCUCAAUAAGCCAGCGCUUACAGUGAAAAAUCACAUUUAUAAGUGCAAUUAAUAAUGGUCAUCUAAGCUGAUCAGCAUGUUCAUUUGUCUGAAAAGCAUACAGCAUUUUUUGUAGCGAUACGGUGAUUAUUGCCAGACCCAUAAAUACAUUUGUAUAUGAUUUUUAACUAGGUUUGCAGCACAAUACAUAAUGGAGAUAAAUUAAACAGUCAAUUACACAAUUAAGCGUGGUCAGUCUGCGUGGCUAUUCUCAUCUCCCACGAUGCAAUCUAAAACGUAUCUACUGUUGUGUUUGGUACAGCAUGUCCUUUGAGUCAUUUUGUCUUUAUAGUAGUAACAGUUCAAAAUUAUAUUUAGUGUUCAGUAAAGAUCUGAAUACUUUUCACUCAAUACUGCAUGACCUCAUGACUAAUUGGGAUUUUUUUGAGUGGAAACUGCCUCCACCUGCAGUACACUCAUGACCUCAGUGUUUGGAGUCUAAGAGGGUAAUAUUUGUAUCAUUAGAUACAAUUUGGGCUCUCCAUAUCAAUCUGGGGUCAUGUUGAAGACAAAGAUGGAAAAAAAAAGUCAAGUUAAUAAAAACUGGGGAAACCAUAUUGAAUUAGUAAUUUCAGUGUUGCCUUUGAUAAUUACUGUAUUAUUGUGGGUGCAUAACUGUAUGUCUGUUUGAAGGAAGUAAAUGGUGAGAGACUUAUUGUAUCCUGCAACAUGAAUUGCAUCCAUUUUCUUCCAUUGAAAGCAGCCUCUCAGAUGUCACUGUUUUCACUCACUGUGUGGAAAUGUUUACUCUGCCUCUGUUCUAGGCUUGCCUCCUCGAGUAACAAAUAGUAAUAAAAUUAUUAGGUCCUAAUGGUUGUAAGUUUGAUGCUGAAUAUGGUUGUGAAAACCAUAUUCAGUUGUUACAGUGCCUUGUAAAAGUGCUAAUACCCUUUAAAUGCUUUGCCACAACCACAAACGUUACUGUAUUUUAUUUGAACUUUUUUGUGAUAGACCAGUGCAAAGUAGGUAAGUUGAAGGAAUGUUGUUUUUCAAAUGUAUUUACGAAUAAUCUAAAAAGUGGGACAUUCAUAUAAAUUAACUCUCCUGAGUCAAUGCAAGUCUUUUGAGGUAUGUAUUUAACAGCUCCUUGUAUCUAAAGAUUUUUCCCCAUUCUUCUUCUCAAAAGAUUCUUCUCAGUCAGAAAUGGUGUGGACUUUUUGUGGACAUCAAUUUGCAGGUCAUGCCACAGAUGCUCAGUUUUCAUAUUUAGGUUUAGGCCUUUCUAACAUAAAUAUUAUGUGAUCUGACCAUUAUGGCUCUGGUUGUAUGUUUAGGAUUGUUGUUCUGCUAGAAGGUGAACCUUCUCAAGUAUUGCAGCCUCCAAUGUGUUUUUCUCCAAUAAAUCCCAGUAUUUAGCUCCUUCCGUCUUCACAUCACCUCCAACCAGCUUCUCUGUCAGUGGUGACAAAAAGCAUCCCCACAGCUUUGACUGGACAUUCCUUGUUCAGGGUGUGGCACCACACAUUUUGCAUACAAGUUCAGUUUUACUCUCAUCUGACGAGAGCGCUGUCUUUCACAUGUUUGCUGUGCCCCAUUCAUGGCUUCUGGCAAACUACUGGGGGGAUUUUUUUUGGGCUUUCUUUCCAUAGUUCAGCAAUCUUGCCACUUCUCCGUGAAUACCAGAUUUGUGGAAUACAUGACGAAUAGUUGACUGAUUGGGAUAUUUUAGAACCCAACCCUGCUUUAAACUUCUCCAUGAUUUCAUCUCUGAUCUGUCUGCGGUGUUUCUUGGUCUUCACAAUGCUGUUUGUUCUCUAAUGUUCUCUAUCAAACCUCUGAAGGCUUCACAGAACAGCUAGAUAUAUACUGAGAUUAAAUGACUUGCACACUUUUUACUAAUUGGGUCACAUUUGAUAGCAGUUGGUUGCACUAGAAUUUAUUUAAGAGGGAGCAAGUAAAUUGGGCUCAAAACAAAUUCAUGCCACACUUUUCAGAAUGUUGUAAAGCCAUCUAUUAUUUUCCUUUUACUUCACAGCUAUGCACAAUUCUGUGUUGGUCUAUCACAUGAGAUAUGUAUGUAAUUUAUUGAAUUUUUUGGUUGUGAUAGAAAAUAUAAAAGGGUGUGAAUACUUUUUCAAGGCACUGUAUUUUGUUUAUCAUUUCUUAUUUUAGUUGUAAACUGUUCAGUGCUUGCUCCUAAUCUUCGAGUCAAUCAGGCCUAGGACAAAUGAAACAUGUAGGACCCUCUUUUUAACCCAUUUCAAGUGUACAGGCAAAGAAAUGCAGAUUAUUAUAUCAGCAGCUGAUAUAUUACCAAACUGUUUGAUGAUUUAACAUUACACUUAUUUACAAGCAUGUUUGAACAUCGAUCGUAAGGUGUUGCUAAAAUUAGCUCACACUGUAGUCAAAACAGAAUUCUGUUUUAUUGGUUAUAGAGAGAUUGCACAAGGUAAUGAAAAUUGUCAGUCAGAGAGAAAUAAAACAUGGUUACGGAGGACUAGUUCAUACUAAAGGGUGUGGUUGACAAACUACAUAUUGUAGAGUAUGAUUUGAAAGGUUUCUUGUAUUUUUAGCUUUUCAAGACUUCCAACAUUUUUACAAAGAUGUAGUGCAUUACUAGUGAAAGUGAGAUACUGUGCUGUGAUGUCUGAUACUAACGUGUCUAACAGGAUUUUUUUGGUCAUGAUGAUGAAGCCUACUUUGUCUUUUUGAGUGUAACUGAAUUGUUAUCUAAAAGAUAAAGAUUAUUUUUGUAUUUUGAAAUGGGAUUGUACAAACUGUAAAAAAUGUAUGCUCAUCAUUAUAAAACUGAAAUUAUUAAAAAUUAGAAAACACUAGUUUUCAUCUCUGUUUUCACGGCCCUUCCUGUCUUGAUAUAUAACACCUUGUCAGACAAUUAGGGCAUUUUCAGAUAUUUCUAGAGAAAAUUGCCAAUUUCUAAAAUUUUACUUCACUACUGAAUAAUAGUGCUUUGAAUUGUACUACAUUAAUUGACACCAGCUUUCUUGCACUGCUCCGUGUUUAUUAUAAUACACCAAGUAAUGCAACAACAAUCUUUGGAGUCCCAAAAUGACAUGACUGAGAAGGACUGAUAAAAGUAUAUUGGUGGGAAAAGAAAAUCUAGAGAAAUUCCAGAAAAUAUGUUUCAGCCUCUGUAAAUUGUAACUAAUUCAAUUGUUGAUUUUUUUUUUUCUUUUGUAACUAAUCGAAAUAAAUAAUGCAAAACCUGUU